AUGAUGACGGAUUGGGAAAGAGCCAUGAAUGCUUAUGAAUCUGCACUAAGACAUAACCCAUAUUCAAUUCCCGCCUUAUCGCAUAUGGCUUCAUUGUGUCGAGGCAGAGAACAAUUUAGCAAGGCAAUAGAGUACUUUAAACGUAUUCUUUCUUUGCAAGAGAAUCAUGGUGAUACUUGGAGUGCUUUAGGACAUUGUUAUCUGAUGAUGGAUAACUUACAAGAAGCCUAUCAAGCCUAUCAACAAGCCCUUUAUCACCUUCAAAGUCCUAAAGACCCUAAACUAUGGUAUGGUAUUGGUAUUCUGUAUGAUCGUUAUGGUUCUAUUGAACAUGCUGAAGAAGCAUUUUCUGCUGUGAUGAAAAUGGAUCCUCAAUUUGAAAAAGUAAAUGAAAUCUAUUUUCGACUCGGCAUUAUUUAUAAACAACAACAAAAGUAUGAUUUAUCACUUCAGUGCUUCCGAUAUAUUUUACACAACCCACCAAGACCAUUAACUGAGAUUGAUAUCUGGUUCCAAACAGGCCAUGUCUAUGAACAACAAAAAGAAUAUGAAUUAGCUAAAGAAGCCUAUGAGCGUGUCUUGACCGAAAACCCCGAUCACGCUAAAGUACUUCAACAACUAGGGUGGUUAUACCAUCAACAAAACGCCUCUUUUUCAAAUCAAGCAACAGCCAUUCAAUACUUGACUCGCUCAUUAAAAGCAGACAGUACAGACCCUCAGUCUUGGUAUCUAUUGGGUCGAUGUUAUAUGGUAGAACAAAACUAUAACAAAGCAUACGAAGCAUAUCAGCAGGCUGUUUAUCGAGAUGCACGUAACCCAACUUUCUGGUGCUCGAUUGGUGUCUUGUACUACCAAAUCAACCAAUACCGGGAUGCCCUGGAUGCGUAUAGCCGAGCUAUUCGUCUGAAUCCUUAUAUUAGUGAAGUAUGGUAUGAUUUGGGUACCUUGUAUGAAUCAUGCAACAACCAAGUCCAAGAUGCUGUAGAUGCUUAUCAGCGUGCUGCUGAACUGGAUCCUCAUAAUCCUCAUAUUAGACAGCGUUUAGAACUCUUGAAGAAUGCCAAUGUACCUCAUCCUACACCUAUUCCUCAAGAUGUACAUAACCCAUAUCAGUAUCAAAACAACAGUGGUCCACCCAGACAUCCUAGAAUGGAACCACGUGAUCUUCCCUUACCUGCAAAUGAUCGCCGUUCACCCGUCCCUUAUCCUCACUACGCAAGCACGGAUGUUCGUAUUCCCGAUAUCGGCAAUGAGGGCGGAAAAGCCCCUACACCAUCAGAACGUGUGGUUAUGAAUCCUAUGAUGGAAUCACCCUUGUAUCGCACCAAAAUACCUUCCGCUGUAAGAUCGCCCAUCCCUUCCAAAUCUGGUUCUCCUUAUAUAUAUCGUCCAUCUACACCUCCUUUUGGUCCAUAUAAUGACAACAAUGAACCCCUGAGAAGAACUUCGGUACUUUAUGAUACCGAAAAGAACCCUGCUACACCUCCCAACAAAAUCAUCUAUCACCAUCGCCACAGUAGCAGUAGUAGCAGUAGUAGUCAUAGCCAUCCUAGUUCCAAAAAGAAAUCAAGCCCAGUCGAAAAUAGUGCAGCAGAUACACUGAUGAGCAUGUCUCAAAAGGGAUUCUACAAGAAACGUAUGCUGGAAAUGGCAGACAAUGAAGAAGAACAAGAAGAUAAACGACCCAGAUUAGAUGUCAUGUAUAAAGAAAAGAAAGGUAUUCCUGUAUCUUCUUGA